CACGUGUGCCCCCUAAAGCCCCCCUUUCGGAGCAAGAGCGCCUGGCCUUGGCCGCGAAGCUCGACCAGGAGCUGGACGAGUUCAUCGACAGCCUCCCGAAACGCAAGCCGGAGGAGCCCGUCCCGUUCGACAGAUGGGAGGAAGUGAGGACAUCACAAAUCACCCCUUUUUCAUGAAAACGGUGCCCGAGGACGGGGCACCGCUGCACCCCCUUUACGAAGGCCUCCAAAAGCUGAAGUACGACCCGGACGAAAAUGAGCCCCAAGACCUGGCAAUUGCAUACAAAGACGACGGGAAUUUCAAUUUCAAGCACAAAAAGUACCGCAUGGCUGUUAUUUCAUACACGGAGGGGAUCAAAGCAAAGUGCGGCAAUGACGAAAUCGAGGCCACACUGUACAAUAACCGGUCUGCGGCUCAUUUCUUCCUGGGGAAUCACCGGUCGGCGCUUGCCGACGCCGAAAUGGCGCUAAAAUUGAAGCCUGGCUACGGGAAAGCGCUAGUCAGGGCUGCCAAUUGUUGCUACAAGACUGGCAAAUUUGACAAGGCUAUUGAGUAUUGUGACCAAAUUUUAGGGGGGAAUGAUAAUAAUAAUAACGAAGAGGCGCAAAAGUUGCGCGAAAUGUCGCUAAACUCGAAGAAAAUCGCCGAACGCGACGCCCGUCGCAGGGAAAAAACCGAGCGAAAGCAACAAAAAGAGGAGGCGUUGAUAAUCGGGGAAAUACUCAAGCGGGGGAUUGACAUCGAAGGGCGCGAAAAUUUGAAUUUGGCCAAGCUUGAGCCGCAAUUUCCGCAGCUUUUCAACAGUCGGGUCGCGAUUAGAGAUGGACGGUUGGUUUGGCCGGUGGUUUUAUUUUACCCCGAGUAUAAAAUAAUGGAUUACAUUCAAGAAUUUGACGAGUGUGAUUGUUUUUCCGAGCAAUUGUCGCAAGUGUUCGAGACCAGGCCCGAGUGGGAUUGCGAGGGGAAGUACCGGGUUGGGAACUUAAACGUUUAUUUUGAGGACAAAAAAAAUCGGAUUGUCCCAGUUGACGUCAGUCGAACGUUAUUAGAAGUUUUAAAAUUAGAAGGGCAUGUAAUACGUGAAGGGACCCCCAAGUUUAUCAUCCUUCCGGCGAAUAGUCGAGUCGAGAAACUAUUCUUGGCUCGGUCUUUAUAAAAUUCAUACAGUUAUUUGUGUAAGUAAAAGUCCGGGAAUAGAUUUGUGAAUAAUUAAUAAAGUAUUGAUUCAG